AUGGGACGGGUCUACUUCGAAACAGACUGUAUGAGUCUUCACCAGGCGCUGUCAAGCACUGCCAUGGACCGGGGUUCGCUUGGUUUUCUCUUCCGCGAGGCAAAAUACCUCAUGCAUUUAGGUUUCUUUGAGUAUAAAACCAUGUACUGCUCUCUGGUCUGUAAUCUCCCAGUGCAUGUGUUGGCUAAGGCUGGGGUGUGUGGAGUUCCUGAUAGCGAGCAAAUCUAG